AUGGGGAAGUCAGAUUUCCUCAGCCCCAAGGCGAUCGCCAACCGCAUCAAGUCCAAGGGGCUGCAGAAGCUGCGCUGGUACUGCCAGAUGUGCCAGAAGCAAUGCCGCGAUGAGAAUGGCUUCAAAUGUCAUUGCAUGUCUGAGUCCCACCAGAGGCAGUUGCUGCUGGCUUCUGAAAAUCCUCAGCAAUUCAUGGAUUACUUCUCCGAGGAAUUUCGAAAUGAUUUCCUUGAAUUGCUCAGGAGACGAUUUGGAACAAAGAGAGUCCACAACAACAUUGUGUACAAUGAAUACAUCAGCCAUCGAGAGCACAUCCACAUGAAUGCCACACAGUGGGAGACACUGACUGAUUUUACCAAGUGGCUGGGGAGAGAAGGUCUUUGCAAGGUUGAUGAGACUCCAAAAGGUUGGUACAUCCAGUACAUUGACAGGGACCCAGAGACCAUUCGCAGGCAACAAGAGCAAGAAAGGAAGAAGAAACAGGACCUUGAUGAUGAAGAAAAAACUGCUAAAUUCAUUGAACAACAAGUUAGAAGAGGUUUGGAGGGGAAAGAACUGGAAAAACCAGUCUAUACUGAACUGAACAGAGAAAAUGAAGAGGAAAAAGUUACAUUUAAUUUAAACAAAGGAGCAAGUACUUCAUGUGCAGCAUCUUCUAAAACCAGCAGUGUCCUUGGACCAAGUGCACUGAAGAUGGUGGAGGGGACAGUUAAAAGGAAAGAAUCAGCUCAUAGCUCUGGUCAGCCCAAAGAGAAGAAGAAGAAAUCUGCACUGGAUGAGAUUAUGGAGCUUGAAGAGGAGAAGAAAAGAACAUCUCGAAGAGACUACUGGUUACAGCCCGAAAUCAUUGUAAAAAUUGUAACCAAGAAGCUUGGAGAGAAGUACCACAAGAAGAAGGCAGUUGUUAAGGAAGUGAUUGACAAAUACACAGCAGUCGUGAAGGUGAUUGACUCUGGGGACAAACUGAAGCUUGAUCAGACACAUCUAGAAACUGUAAUACCAGCACCAGGUACAGCUGUGAUGGUGCUCAAUGGUGGAUACAGGGGAAAUGAAGGUAUCUUGGAAUCCAUCAAUGAGAAGAGGUUCUCAGUGACAAUCACCAUUGACUCUGGACCUUUAAAAGGACGCAGAGUUGAAGAUAUCCUGUAUGAAGACGUUUCCAAACUCGCCUGA